AUGUCUGCCCGCCAAGCAUUGCAUCCGCUUCGAGCAAAGCCCAGCUCUCUCGUUGUUGGCCCGCGAGCAUCGUCGAAUAUCUGCCGACAAUGUCAUCGAUCAUUCACGACAACACCGGCCCCAUGGGCGGGCCACAACAAGUGGUCCAAGACGAAACACAUCAAAGCAGUCACUGACAAGAAGAAGAUGAGCGAGCGGCAAAUUUUUACAAAGACUAUUGCCAUGUACUCAAGAAUGUAUGGUGACAACUUGAACUUCAACCCCCAAUUGGCGAACGCAAUUACUGCAGCGAGCAAAGCAAGCAUUCCGAAGCACCUGAUCGAGGCCGCCGUUGCACGAGGUCAAGGCCGUUCCACCACUGGCGCCCAACUGGAGUCCAUGUCACUUGAAGUCCUCAUGCCACCGGACAUCGCCCUGAUCGUUGAUGCCGAGACCGACAACAAGACCCGCACUUUACAUGACCUCCGACUUGUGGUGAAGAAGGCCGGCGGUGUCGUCGGAUCAACAGCAUUUUACUUUACGAGACGUGGUCGGGCCGUAUUCAAGGCAAAGGAGGGCGGCCCUACGCUUUCCGAAAUCCUGGACGAGGCAAUUGAGCAUGAUGGCAUGGAAGAUGUUGAAGAGCUCCCAGACGGCAACUUCCUGGCAUGGACCCAGCCCAACACAGUGAUGGCCAUCACUGAGGCUCUGUCCCAGAAGUUCGAGCUCGAGGUUCUCGAUUCAGAGAUUGUUUGGGCCCCAAACGAAGACACCAAGGUCAACAUCGAUUCUCCCCCCAUGGCCGAAACGCUCGAUGGUCUUUUCUCUGGAUUGAAAGAGUACCCAGAGGUCAAGGCGAUUUACGCCAACGUGCGCAGAGGAUCGGUCGAGGAGGAAGAGUGGGACAAGGUAGAAAGGAACCUAGAUGUAUAA